AUGGUAGAGCGAGAUUCUGCAAGGCAGAAUCUAUCAUGAGAUUUGUGGUUUGUAGUUUAUUUCGUAGCAAGCGAGUUCAUAGCGAUUUUGUUCGAUAUGUACUGCAGCGCCGACGUGACGAGUUGUAGCUGGAUGGUGAAGCUGUCUUCGGCAUUCGUAUCACGUGAAACAAGAGCAAUACGAAAGGCAAAAAUGAACCGAAGCCGCACUAGGUGCCCUCUCUUGAAAAAAAAUCAUAUCGUAAAACAGCAACACCACCACCUCCAAGGGGGAUAAGCAUCCAAAAACAAAAAGAACCAUGAAGCAACUCGAAGUUGUGAAGCUGCACAAGCUUUCGGCGGACCUUUUGAUUCCCAGUCAGCAGAGCUUCUACGUUCGCGUCUGGGUCACGAGGAGCGAUAAAGAGAAGCAGAGGGUGGUGUUCUACGAUUCCGCGGUAGCGGGAGUGGUGGAUGAUGAGACUGUGGAUGCGCCGGAAGUGCAAUUUGUAUUGCACGCGGAAGAUAAGGAGGGAGAGGGUGGUGGUGAACGAGGAGAAGAUCACCACGAGGUAGAAGACCACCCCUUCAUUGUCUCUGACAUCGACGUGAGUACAACUACCGCUGCAAGUAGCGCAUCGUCUUCCUCUUCCACUUCCUCCCCACCCCCUCCGCCGGUCCGGUUCAGUAUCCACCGGAAAGAGUACGCGGACCGCGAGAAACCAAACGACGUGCAAAAAGAUACCUGUGUCGGCGUGGCGCAGCUGUUCUUGCACACGAUCGAGGACCGCGACAGCACGGCGGUGCGCGGGUUGGCGCUGAAAGCCGUGAAGGAUCCAAACGGGGCACUGUCGCCGGGGGAGUUGCAGGUAUAGUGCGGUUGAUGUUUAUUCUGAGGAGGAACAGAUUGAUACUUGCGCUCCCUCGUGCUACGUUUGUUCGCAUUUAUAAAAAUUGCAAUCGUCCUCGUCCUUGUCCGUGCGCUCCACCUUCUAAGAGAUAUCGCAUGGCCGCAACGUGAUGUGUUAACAGAAGUGUGUCAACCGAAUUUGCAACAUCAGAUUCGUCUGCUACCCGAGUCGGACGAUGAGGCGUCAGCUGGGGAGGAACCAGGGCGGGGGUCCGCUGACGCCGGAAUUUCUAAAUCGGAAUCUGGACCAGCAUCCACUACACGACCAGGGGAAUCACGACCCGGAAGCCUGGUUCAGGUAACAGAACGAGACAGCAAAGCAACAAUUCCGAAGCAGCAGGCCGGUAAUACUGGCGUCGGAGACGGCGGGGGAGCAGUAGAGAUGAUCAGUGGAGGCGCAAUAGCACCGAGUAACGACACUCCGAGUGGUGCGCAAGCACAGCGCGCGACCGUGGAGAAGACUCGAACUCCAGCAGUUCAGCCACAAACAGGACCGACCGCAGCUUCCCCGGCGGCACCAAAAAAUGUGAGGACUACUACAGCAGGAUCCACCUCUUCUGGAUCGCAGGCAAUUUCUGCAGAGCGUUCUAGCAAGACAAACACCGCCGGGGGUGAUAAAAGCAAUUCCAACGGGGCAAAAAGAAUGCCCGUCGCAUACGACCAUGAGUACCGGAGUGGGGAUAUCGUGGUCGUAAACGCCGUGGCUGUGGACGACCAGGUGAGGAACAACAGGAGCGGGUCUUCAGGAAGGGCCGGGAGAAAAAAAUCCUCUCCACGAAGGAGACGGCAGAAGAGCGAGCCGAUGUCAACAAGCGAAAGUACCAGCAGCAGUUCUUCCAGCGAGGAAAGCGAUAAAGAUUCCAAGAAGAAAAAGUCUGCUUCCAAAAGGAAAAAGAAAAAGAAAAAGAACCGAGAGAAGUACAACUCGGCUUCGCCGAGUUCGAUUAACAUAAACCUGAUCGGGCAACAAAUCAUCCGGGGGAGCCCGACCGGGAGACGGAUUGUCAGUCCGGUAGGGCGCGGGGGGGCUCCGAUGCGAUUGAUGAGCGAAGGACAACAUGUCGAGGAUGAGGAGGACGAAAGUUUCGAUACGUGAAAAAUUUCUUCUGUAGGAUAAUUAGGUGACAGCCAUUCUGCCCGUAAUACCGUUUCCAACUUUACUUCCGUUCGUUUCAAGGCGAAGAAAUACUACACCGUUAAGCUGCAAGUGCAAAAUGGAACAGUUACUGGUAACGAGUUGUUCUCCUGACUGUCUUCCACUUUCGGUCCGCAAAGUCGUGAUGCUUGCUGG